AUGGGGUUUCGUAGGGGUGACCAAAUUGAAGUUGCGAGCAAAGAAGAUGGGUUUGUGGGUUCGUACUACUCAGCAACAGUGAUUUCAGAGCUCAUGAAGAAGCACUACAUGGUUCAGUACAAGACUCUGUUGAAGGAAGACGAGGCCGGACCCUUGAGAGAGAUUGUCGCCGCCGACGAGGUCCGGCCGGUGCCACCAGAGAUUUCGGCAACUGGGUUCGGUCUGUACGAGAGAGUCGAUGCAUUCGACAACGAUGGUUGGUGGGUUGGGAACAUUACUGGGAGACUUGGGUCCAAAUACUAUGUGUAUUUUGAGAAAACAGGGGAUGAGAUCGCUUACCCACUGGCUCAGUUGAGGAUUCAUCAGGAUUGGUUGAAUGACAACUGUUCGUCAGCCACCAAAAAAUUUUCGACAAUCCUUUGUCCCCAGCAAAGACUUGAAGAGACUUCUAGAUUUGCCAAUUGA